AUGUUCGGACGCAUCUUUCACCUGCUCGUGGACGCCAUGCUGGUCAGCGUGGCGCUCUCUGGCAUCAAGCGAAGCACAGGACUUACACCGGCCGUGUCGCGCAUGCCCAACAAGGACCUGCGGAAUCUGAUGCGAAUCUACCUCGAGGCGGGAGAAUGGGUCAUGGACUUCUCGGUCGUCAUUCUGGGCCGAUCGAGCUCCUUUGAGCGGGUCCGCUAA